AAGAAUGAAAUUUUAAGGUCUCAUCUAAAUUCCAAAUCUCCUUCACUUUUCACAUAAGAAGUUUCCACCCUCUCUUUCUUUCUCUCUCGUUUAGCCCCCUUAUUUUACACUCUCCCCCCAUUUUCCUUUCUUUCUUCAGUUGAAGCAACUUACCCACACGCUUCUCUCUUCAUCCUCUUCUUCAAAUCUUUCUUUUGAUUAAAAAUUAACAUAUGUUAAUUACUGUUUAAAUCAAUUUCAAGCAACACAGUAAUUUUUCCCAUCAAAGAUUUUGAUGCCCCUUUUCUGAUUCUGUGUGUAUCUAUUGAUUCUGUAUUAAGGAGGAGAUUUUGAGAGCUGAGUUUUGUGUUAAUUGCUGAUUUUUGUGAAUCAAGAAAACAAAGAUAAGUUCUUGUUUUUGUUGUUUUUUGGGGUGUGUGUAGUUGACUGGGGAGAUGGGGUGUUUUUCAUGUUUUGAAUCAAAGGAAGAAGAAAGAUUGAAUCCAAGUUCUGGGGAGAAAGAUGAUCGCAAAGAUGCACCUCCUUCUUCUAAUUCAAACAUCUCUAAAUUAUCUUCUGGAGCUGAUCGGGUGAAAGCAAGAAAUAAUGUCGGGCUAAGGCGGGAAUCUUCCAUUUCAAAGGAUGAACCUGUUGCCAAUAUUAAUAGUAGUGCCCAUACAUUCACUUUUCGUGAGCUUGCAGCUGCCACCAAGAACUUCAGAGAUGAGUGCUUUAUUGGGGAAGGCGGUUUUGGUCGUGUUUAUAAAGGGCAACUGGAGACUAAUCAGGUUGUUGCUGUUAAGCAAUUGGACAGAAAUGGUCUCCAAGGAAAUAGAGAGUUUCUUGUAGAGGUUCUUAUGCUCAGUCUCUUACAUCAUGUAAAUCUAGUGAAUUUGAUAGGCUAUUGUGCUGACGGUGAUCAGAGGUUACUUGUAUAUGAAUACAUGGCGUUGGGAUCAUUAGAAGAUCAUCUAUUUGAUUUUCCACCUGAUAAAGAACCCCUUGACUGGAAUACCCGGAUGAAAAUUGCAGCUGGAGCAGCAAAAGGUUUGGAAUACCUCCAUGAUAAAGCAAACCCUCCAGUUAUUUACAGAGAUUUCAAGUCAUCCAAUAUAUUGUUAGAUGAAGGAUUCCAUCCAAAGCUUUCUGAUUUCGGGCUUGCGAAAUUAGGACCUACUGGUGACAAAUCGCACGUUUCUACUAGGGUGAUGGGCACUUAUGGUUAUUGUGCCCCUGAAUAUGCAAUGACAGGGCAAUUGACUGUGAAGUCUGAUGUUUAUAGUUUUGGAGUAGUUUUCUUAGAAAUGAUAACUGGUCGUCGAUCCAUUGACAGCAACCGUCCUCAUGGGGAGCAGAACCUUGUAGCCUGGGCACGACCUUUGUUCAAUGACCGGAGAAAAUUUUUGAAGUUGGCAGACCCUCAGUUACAAAGUAGGUUUCCGACAAGAGGACUUUACCAAGCUUUGGCAGUUGCAUCCAUGUGUAUACAAGAAAAUGCAGCUGCUCGUCCCCUUAUUGGAGAUGUAGUAACAGCACUGUCUUAUCUGGCGAACCAAGCAUAUGAUCCAAGUAUGAAAGAUAGGACUAGUAGUAGAGAUGAGAAUGGUGGAAGAAUUACAAGGGGUAGUGAGGAUGGUGCUAAUUCUGGUAGAAAAUGGGAUUUGGACGGUGGCUCGGAGAAAGACGACUCCCCGAGAGAAACAGUGAGAAUGUUGAAUAAGGAUUCAGAUAGAGAACGUGCGGUUGCAGAGGCCAAAAUGUGGGGUGAGAAUUGGCGGGAAAAGAGACGACAAACGUUGGAUUUGGAAGGUGGAGGUGGGUCGUCUGAAAGGGACGACUCCCCGAAAGAGACGGCGAGGAUGUUGAAUCGGGAUUCAGAGAGAGAGAGAGCGGUUGCCGAGGCUAAGAUGUGGGGAGAGAAUUUGAGGGAGAAAAGAAGGCAAAGCGCUCAAGGCACAAAUGAAAACUCGGAUGGGUGAUACUGAUGUAGAUUAGACCUGUUCAACGGGCUGGAGGACCGUUAAAAGCCCGGUCCGUUUAUCUCCGGCCCGACCCGGCCCUAAUCUGGCCCGUUGAACAGGUCUACUGAUGAUGAUGAUUCACCCCUCAGCUUGUACAAAUGGUUAGGGCAGGCUAACUAGAAUACCAGUCUAUGCCCUCGGUUAUUUUCAUCUUUUUUCGCCUUACCAACUUACUAAAAUGUGUCGAGGCUUUGUAUGGAGGAUCAAAAAUGCCCACCAUGUAUGUUUGAUCGUAGUUUUUUCUUUUUUGUUUGAUAAUAUUGGCAGAUAUGAGGAGAAAUCAGAUGACGGGGGUAUAUUGCAUAGAAGAAUCAGAGUGUAUAUCUUCGGUAAGAAAAAAAAGGCACCUUUGACUCUUUGUAAACAUUUCUGUAUGCAGAGUCUUUUUGCUAAGUUUGCUUCUUUUCCGUGAUUGCGGAUGAUAUGUUCCUUUUUUGUUCUGCAUUUUUUAUGACUCAGGAAAUACUCAAUGGAUUCAGUAUUUUAUACCUGUAUGUUAGAGUGUUAUAAUGCAGCAGCUUGAAGCUCUCCCUA